AUGUCCUUGGCUAGGGACGUUCUACAAUUUGUUGUACCCAAGACGGCAAUGUUGGGCGCACUCCACGCUGCUGUCCGUCAGACCAAUAAACGGAACGUGGAGAUGAUUCUGGAAGCAAUCAGUUAUCUGGGCUAUCAACUCAACGACGGAGACGCUUACGUAGGCGAUCUCGGCGCGCCUGGCUUCAUGGACACCUCAAUUCUGGACGCGUUCAACAACACCAACUGGAUUCUUGCAGCGGCUUUGAUGAUAGCAAAAAGGCCUAUGGCAAACUCAGUCAUGGUUUAUGAUACAACGAACGAGCAAAGAUCACAGCUUCGACAUGCCAUUGGAAAGAACGAUCUAAGACUUGCUUUCUAUCUGUAUACCCCAAUGAGUCCGAACCACGUCAAAAUGGCCUUUGCACACGAAAUGGUCGAACUCGCGAUCAAUCACCGUGACUUUGCAAUGGCUAGCACCAUCAUCGAGGAUGAGCCCUACUGGAGCACAAAAGGUCUCACCAUCCUACUGAGUCAUGGUCAGAUCAUGGCAGUCAGUACCCUCUUAAAAAGGAAUCCGAUUUGGAAUCAUGCAUUGAAAGCUGCGAGUGUGCACAAGGAUUAUGGGCCCUUAGAGACGAUGUUUUUCCACGGCUUAGGGGUCCCGUUCAUCUAUUUCGUAGAGGGGGAACAUGUGGUAUUGGAGCAGGACGACCUUCAGCUUUGUUUCCGAACUGUUGCUCAUUAUUGCAUGGCAACGAACGACUACGAAUUAUGCCAAUGGCUGCUACACGUUGGCAUGGAUCCCGACGAGCUCUAUGUAGACUUUUUGGAUGGGCUUCAGAUCAGAAAAGGCCCAGGGUUGCAUUGCUCUCUUCCUGAGGGCAUAGGCACGCAAUAUUUUGAUGAUGGCUAUACGUUGCCCUCUCUUCUCGCCGUCGCGGCUGAGGGGAACAACAUAGAUUGGAUGAAGGUCCUUGAAGCUAACGGUGUCUCUGUUAUCGAUUCCAGGGCAUUGUUACAGGCGAUCAAGUCGAGGGCGACUGUCACCACUGUGCAUUUUCUUCUAGACGCAGCAAAAGCGGGGAAGUCUUCACUUAAACGAAGCUAUGGUGUCGCGGCACUUCGCCAAGCAAUUCGUUACCGCGACAUCGAUCGGAUCGACAUUCUGUGUGGCGUUAUAUACAUUGAUGAAUUCGAGCUAUUCAACGAAGAAUUAGUGAAAGGGAAACCUGCAGUCAGCCCUCUCGGCGAAGCAAUCAUUGCGAAAGAUACCGAAGUCGUUCGGGUCUUGUUAAAUCAUGGCGCCAGUCCAAAUGCAUACGUAUCCUUGGAUGGCUCGAAGAUGUUGGAACACAUCAAGAGCCCCAUACAGCGAGUCACUCCCUUACUAGCCGCUAUCGACGUACAAAGCCUUCCCCUGGUCAAGAUAUUGGUGGAGCACGGGGCAGAGCUACAGUACACACGCAACAUGGGUGUUACCCGCACACCUCUGCAAAGAGCCGCCGAGACGGGUAGCUUCGACAUCGUGGAGUGCCUCGUCAACCAGGGUGCCAUCAUCGAUACAGUUCCAGUAUACUCUGGCGGUACCGCGUUGCAACUAGCUGCCAUGACAGGGUUCUGCGGCAUUGCAGCGUUUCUGCUCGAGCACGGGGCCGAUCCGAACUACCCGCCGGCCAAGGGCGAUGGGCGAACAGCUUUCGAAGCAGCAGCAGAGUGGGGUCAUAUCGACACGAUGUCGCUUUUGAUGCAGUGGAACACCAACCUCGAUGCGCAGUUUGGUGAGCCUCCCGAAAGUCAGUAUGAGCGGGCUCGACGGUUUGCUGAGAAGAAUGGUUUCAUGGCAUCAAAGCGAUUCGUGGAACAUCUCUACGGGCAAAGGACGAGAGACGAAAGUUGGCCUGCGGGUUUGGACUUGGAUCCGAUGUGA